AUGGCUUCCUCGCCCAACUGCCACAUUGCCUGCAACCGCUGUCGCCUACGGAAAGUAAAAUGCGACGGCAGGCGACCCUGGUGCAAACGCUGCUCAGGCACUGGUGCAGAACUUGAAUGUUCAUACGAGACGAGAAGAAAGAGCGCUAAACGACAAGGAAAAUCUCCAUCACCGCCUAUUACUUCGAGUCACAUCUCCUCCGUCAUUCUCGCAGCAGAUGCAGGCGCCUUUGGAACCUACGGGCCAAUCGAAACGCCUUCCAGUGAAGAACAAUUUAACGAGACCAUCAUGUCUUCCCUGCCAACAUUCACCGCACUUGGGUUUGGCACACCGCUUGGAAGCUGCCUAGAGCCAAUGCCAUCCAUACUAUCUCAUACCCAAAUCAAGGACGCCGAAAAUGCAUGGGUCGAAUCAUCUCACCCUGGCGAGUUGUUGAACGAUGAUAUGUUUGGCACUGACACUUCCAUGCUUAAACACACCGAUUUGCUAUUCCCGUCUGGUGUACUACUCGAUACAGAAACAGCUCCGCUAGAACAUCUUCCUGAACUUUACCAUCGCUAUUUCAUGACGACACAUCGAACAUUCGCAUUAAUAGAUCAGGAUACAUUUCUCUCAAACACCUCUGAAACAGUCAACACUCAUGAUAUCCUUGCACUCAGUUGUGCAGUAUGUGCCCACGCUGCAGGCGAUUCAUUAAAGUUUCCCCCCCCCGACGCAGGUCUUAGUUUUUUAUCAGACAGAGAAAAUAGUGGCUGGUAUUAUCGACAGGCAAAGCACCACCUUGAAUUCGCUGAAAAUGAUUGUCAGAGUACAGUAAAAUCUCUUGCUGCACUUCAAGCAACUGUACUUGUUGGCCUUUAUGAGCUUAAACAUGCCCAGUUCAGCCGAGCCUGGCUCACAACGAGUCGUGCUGUCUGGCUUGCACAGGCCCUGCAACACGGAAAAUUGGACACACGAUUCACACCACGAAGACGUAUGUCCCUACUGACUCCGCCACCCACCCCAUUAUCAACAGACACAAACGAAGAAAGAAAUACAUUGUGGGCCGUUUUGACGUUGAAUUGCUUUCUAUCUGUGGGCACGAGCUCGAAUAUUAUGGAUAGCAUUACCCAGAGCGAGAUGGGCAUAUACCUGCCCCAGGAAGAUGACCUUGAUAUGGCAUGCCUGCGGCUGGACGAUGUUCUGAGAAGAUCGCGCCCUUGGAAAUUAUCCGACCGGCAAGGGUUGGGCGUCGUUACAAUUCUUUGUACUCGAACUAUUCAGCACGCAAAAAUGAUAAAUCAUUCGGAUCCCCUAGACCGAAGCCACUAUUUCUGGACGCAGCACUAUCAUCUCGACGAAGCAAUUCGCUAUGUCAAGCAAUCCACAUCAGCUGAUAAUGAUAUGCCCCCUGAUUCAGAUGAUAUCGGUAGCAACAUGAUCCUGCGAAUCCUGUUGAAAGCUACUGCCAUAUGCCUUCACGAAACCCUGAUUGCCAAGACAGAGGUUGAGGUUUCUUCCCACAGCAGUGCAAAACGCGCAAUGCAAAUUCAGUCAAGCGAGGCCUUAACUUUGCAAUAUUCAUUGGAUAUGGUAAAUUUGGUGCAAACAAGCAUCUCCAAAGAAGAAAUAAGAGCCAAUGUUUUCUUCUGCUGGGCAAUUUAUGUCGCCAUCCAGUCGCUUGUGCGCCACCAGCACCGCAACGCGUGCACACAUCCGCACCUAGAGUCCACUCGUCGCUUAAGUGUGAGUACGAGUCAAAGUAGCGGCAGCUCAAAUGCAAGCACAGAUGAGGUGCCAUUCAGCUGUUUCCGAAAUUCCUUUUGCAACGGCUUUCACGGCAUUCCCAACAACUCAGGCUGCAAGCAUUGUGGCGUUCCAAUGGAUUCCAGUAACGCAUCGCACUCAAAUUUUGGUGCUGAGGAUAUGUUUGUGGACACGUUGGCGGAGGCAAUGAUACUGGAUUCGAUCAGUUCACUCCAGUCAUCCUUAAUAGAUCUGAGUCACAAAAUUCCGCUUGCCAAAUUUUUUUGUCAGGAAAUUGAAAUGGAACUCAGGGAAACCGCGUCUGAUUUGAAAGAGCGGGUGGUAGGACUUGCAGCAUUCACGAAUACCAAGUAG